AUGACCUCUUUCACGGAAUUUGUGAAACAAGAGAUUGAACCGAAUGUGAAAGAGUUUUUGUUUUGGUUGGAACAUGUUGCAAAUAUCAAAGAAAGAAAUGAAGCGGUGAACACGAUGAUUCAAACGGAUGCCACGUUUCGUUCGAAAAUUAUUUCUUCCGAUGCAGAUGAUAUCUUGAAGGUAUUUGAUGCUGUGGUAUUGAAUAUCGAACAAUUUAUUUCCAUAUUUGAAUUUUUGUGCUGUUCACAAGGAAAUUUGAAGAAAAUAUUGGAAUUGAGUUUGCAACAACCAAAUGAUUGCACCUCUCUUCAAAUUAUGCAACCUCUCAUUGAUGUGGUCAACAAAUUUUAUGAACAAGACAUUGAUCACGGGGAUGGCUUGUAUUAUUUAGUGUGGUGUGUCAAUUGCUUCACAAGAAUGAUGCAAAAGGAAUGGUUGAAAGUUAGGGAAAAACAUUUAUAUUUUCGAAAGGAAAUCCAUGCAUUCAAAAAGAAGAAAAAGCUCAACUCGAAAUGUCUCUCGAUCGACGAUGAAGAGUUUACACCAAAAAGUGGUCACAUAGAUGCUCAAUCCCCUAAUGAAAUGAUGAGCUCUUUCGUGGAUGUCCUCUCCAAUUCGACACAAUGUGAUGAAAAACUUCAAGCCCUCAAUUCCAUUUCAGAAAUGAAGGAACUUGCUUUACAAAUCUUUUCAAAUCCAGUUUGUUAUGAAGCGCUCAAGGAAUUAUAUCAACAACAUGGCAUGAAGGAUAUGAUUAUGAAUAUUAUGGCUAACGUAUUUGCCCACUCUCAUCAUUGCUCAGAUAUGCAACAAGAAACUCUCAACUGCAUGCAAAAACUAUUCCAAGAUUGGAAAUUCUUUUUUUCAAUGGCUGAGUUGAACAAUGAGAGACAACAAUUAAGCUCGAUCCAAUGUCGAUUCAUUGCCAAUGGAGCGUUUAUUAGUGAUGAAUUUGGAUGUCUUGCAGAAUGUUUUUUACCAGAUCUUUGUUUCACAAUUCGUUCUCAAUGUGAUUUAUGCAACGACGCGAAUAAGGUCAAACUUCCUCACAUGAAUGUUCUCAGAGCAGCUGCAGCUAUGGACUCCUAA